AUGCAAACCAACUUGAAAACGAAAGAAAUGUUUAUAGUCAGAGCGCUAGAAAAAAUACUGGCGGAUAAGGACAUAAAACGGUCCUACCACAGCCAGUUGAAGAAGUCCUGCGAGGUCGCAUUAGAGGAAAUCAAAACUGAACUCAAAAAUGGAGGUCAAUUGGAGGCUACAGAGAGCCCUACCUCAGGAACUCUUCCUUUACCAAAAAAUGAUGCUUCAAAUAUCAUCACAGCAGAGAAAUACUUCUUACCAUUUGAGUUGGCAUGUCAGAGUAAAGCAUCCAGGAUAGUUGUGACAGCACUAGACUGUCUGCAAAAACUGAUUGCCUAUGGUCAUCUUACAGGAAAUAUUCCCGAUUCAACCACUCCCAGAAAGCUGCUAAUCGAUCGAAUAGUUGAAACUAUAUGCAGUUGUUUCACUGGGCCUCAGACUGAUGAAGGAGUCCAACUACAAAUAAUAAAAGCUUUAUUGACAGUUAUCACAAGUCAACAUGUUGAAGUUCAUGAAGGCACAGUACUUCUUGCUGUCAGAACAUGUUACAACAUCUACCUUGCAAGUAAAAAUCUUAUCAAUCAAACAACGGCCAGGGCAACAUUGACACAAAUGCUUAAUGUCAUAUUCACGAAAAUGGAGAAUCAGGCUAUUGAAUGUGAAACAAAUGGUAAUAGUAGUGACAAUAAUCAUACAGAAAUACCACACAAAAUGCCAAAUGGGAAUAUCGUUUCUGCUCACACACAAAACAAUACAAAUGAAGAAAAAGAAGUUGAACAAACUCAAGUUGAGCAAGUUGAUGAAGUAUUAGAAGCAAAAACAAUUGCAAAACAAAUUGUAGAUUCAGUCAUAGACACUGCCAUCAGUAUUGCUACAAAGACAACCAAGGAGCCAUCGGAAGUUUCGAAUGGUCCGGACAACAAUGAAAAUCCUACUGAUUCUCAAGACAGUGGAAGUGUGUCUCAGGAAAGCAAUGGACAAGUGCCUACUGAACCUACCAUGACUAGGAUACCUUCCCAAGAAAGUGUAGAUGUAGCUUCUGAAAAUGACAAUUCAGUCACAGCAAAGUUCACUCACGUUUUACAAAAAGACGCUUUCCUAGUAUUCAGAGCUCUCUGCAAACUGUCUAUGAAGCCUCUUCCUGAAGGAACCCCAGAUCCUAAAUCUCACGAAUUGCGAUCUAAAAUUCUAUCUCUUCAUCUUCUACUGUCCAUUCUCCAAAAUGCAGGUCCAGUAUUUAGAAAUAAUGAGAUGUUUAUUACAGCUAUUAAGCAAUAUCUUUGCGUGGCACUUUCGAAGAAUGGUGUCAGCUCAGUACCAGAAGUAUUUGAACUCUCAUUAGCUAUUUUCUUAGCCCUUCUUCAGAACUUUAAGGUUCACCUGAAAAAACAGAUUGAAGUAUUUUUCAAGGAAAUCUUUAUGAAUAUUUUAGAGACGUCGAGCUCCUCAUUUGAACACAAAUGGAUGGUAAUCCAAGCUCUAACUAGGAUUUGUGGCGACGCGCAAAGUGUCGUAGACAUUUAUGUAAAUUACGAUUGCGACUUAUCGGCUGCUAAUCUUUUCCAACGGCUAGUUAAUGACGUUUCGAAAAUUGCCCAAGGAAGGCAAGCAUUAGAAUUAGGUGCCACACCGAACCAAGAAAAGUCCAUGCGCAUCCGUGGAUUAGAGUGCUUAGUGUCAAUACUAAAGUGUAUGGUGGAAUGGAGCAAAGAACUUUAUAUAAAUCCAAAUCUACAAACUACCUUAGGUGAGAGAACAGCCAAAGAAGAUAUUGACCAUCACAGUAUCAAAUCUCAUGGAGGAUCAAGCUUAAGUCUGGUUUCCACUGGGUCUAGCAAUAUUGGAAACAGGGAAACUCUAGAUUCUCCUGAACAAUUUGAAGUUUUGAAGCAACAGAAAGAAGUUUGGGAAACUGGUAUUGAUUUAUUCAAUAGAAAACCAAAAAGAGGAGUUGCUUUCUUACAAGAACAAGCACUAUUAGGAACAUCCACUAAGGAAAUAGCUGAAUGGUUACUGACCGAUGAAAGGCUUGACAAAACUUUUGUUGGAGAGUAUUUAGGAGAAAAUGACGAUCAUUCCAAAGAAGUCAUGUAUUCUUACGUAGACUCUAUGAAUUUCAGUAACAUGGAUAUAGUGGCGGCGUUACGAUAUUUCUUAGAAGGGUUCAGGCUUCCAGGUGAAGCUCAAAAAAUCGACAGGCUAAUGGAAAAAUUCGCAUCGCGUUACUGUGAAUGUAAUCCGAACAACACGCUAUUUAUGAGCGCCGACACUGUUUAUGUAUUAGCAUUUUCCAUAAUAAUGUUAACGACGGAUUUGCAUUCGCCGCAAGUCAAGAAUAAGAUGACAAAGGAACAAUACAUUAAAUUGAAUAGCGGCAUUAGUGAUAACAAUGACUUGCCACGUGAAUACCUCUCGACAAUAUACGACGAAAUCGCCGGCCAUGAAAUUAAAAUGAAAAACACUUCAAAACCGGGCAAACACAUGAUAGCUAACGAGAAAAAGCGAAAAUUAAUCUGGAACAUGGAAAUGGAGACUAUAUCUACCGCUGCCAAGAAUUUGAUGGAAUCUGUGUCUCAUGUACAAACACCUUUCACGACGGCUAAACAUGUAGAACAUGUACGACCUAUGUUCAAGAUGGCAUGGACGCCUUUCCUUGCAGCUUUCUCAGUUGGAUUGCAAGAUUGCGACGAUACUGAAAUUGCAUCACUGUGUUUGGACGGCAUCAGAUGCGCCAUCCGUAUCGCUUGCAUUUUCCACAUGUCACUUGAGAGAGACGCAUAUGUGCAAGCCCUCGCACGCUUUACGCUACUCACGGCAAACUCGCCUAUCACGGAAAUGAAGGCAAAGAAUAUUGACACCAUAAAAACAUUGAUCACGGUGGCACAUACAGACGGUAACUACUUAGGAACAAGUUGGUUAGAUGUAGUCAAAUGUAUCUCCCAGUUAGAAUUAGCACAGCUUAUAGGAACAGGUGUACGGCCACAGUUCUUAUCUGGUUCAGGUAUUAAGCCUCAACCAGACUCUUUGAAGUUUAGCCUAAUGUCAUUAGAUCCUAGCGUCAAGGAGCAUAUAGGGGAGACGAGCUCUCAAAGUGUCGUUGUAGCUGUAGAUAGAAUAUUCACUGGAUCUACAAGACUCGACGGUGAUGCUAUAGUUGACUUCGUUAAAGCUUUAUGCCAAGUAUCUUUAGAUGAAUUGAGCCAUCCUACAAAUCCUCGAAUGUUUUCAUUGCAGAAGAUAGUAGAAAUAUCGUACUACAACAUGGGCCGUAUAAGAUUGCAAUGGUCACGAAUAUGGCAAGUCCUCGGCGAUCACUUUAACAAAGUAGGGUGCAGUAGCAAUGAAGAUAUAGCAUUUUUUGCAGUCGAUUCUUUAAGACAACUGUCAAUGAAGUUUAUAGAAAAAGGCGAGUUCGCCAACUUUAAAUUCCAAAAAGAUUUCUUAAGACCAUUUGAACACAUAAUGAAGAAAAACAGCUCACCAACAAUAAGAGAUAUGGUAGUUCGUUGUAUCGCUCAGAUGGUCAAUUCACAAGCUCCUAAUAUCAGAUCAGGUUGGAAGAAUAUAUUUUCAGUAUUCCAUUUAGCUGCAAGCGAUCAAGAUGAAGCUAUUGUUGAUUUAGCAUUCCAAACUACAGGUAAAAUAAUAUCUGAAUUGUACGACAGACAAUUUCCAGCGAUGAUAGACUCUUUUCAAGAUGCAGUCAAAUGUUUAUCGGAAUUCGCUUGCAAUGCGAAGUUCCCAGAUACUUCCAUGGAAGCUAUAAGACUCGUAAGGUCUUGCGCUACAGCAGUCGGAGCAUCCCCGCAACUGUUUGCGGAACACGCAGGACUUGAAGGAGAGCCAGGGGCGCCCGAAGAGGACAGAGUUUGGCUUCGAGGAUGGUUUCCUCUACUCUUCUCCCUGUCGUGUGUAGUUAGUCGCUGUAAGCUAGAUGUCCGCACGCGAGGUCUGACUGUUCUAUUUGAGAUUAUAAAAACUCAUGGUGAUUCAUUCCGUCCGCAUUGGUGGAGAGAUUUAUUCAAUAUACUGUUCAGAAUUUUUGACAACAUGAAGCUACCUGAACACCAGCUCGAAAAGAACGAGUGGAUGACUACAACAUGCAAUCACGCGUUGUACGCUAUUGUAGACGUUUUCACGCAAUACUUUGACAUUCUUGGAUCGUUACUUUUAGAACAGUUGUACGCUCAGCUGCACUGGUGCGUGCAACAGGAUAACGAACAACUCGCGAGGUCUGGCACCAACUGUGUAGAGAAUCUAGUCAUUUCGAACGGUACCAAGUUCAACGAAGACACGUGGAGUAAGACGUGCCAGAUCAUGUUAGACAUAUUCAACAGCACUUUACCUACUACGCUACUCACAUGGAAGCCAGACGAGAACGAAGAUGCAGAGGCUCCCCAUGUGCGCCAUGGGAUUCUAAAAAAACCACAAGGUGGUGCGGAUGAAGUAAAGUCUUCGAAUAGAGUUUUCAAUAGUCUCCUCAUUAAGUGUGUGGUACAGUUGGAGUUGAUACAGACGAUCGACAAUAUAGUAUUUUAUCCAGCAACGUCGCGAAAAGAAGACGCCGAGACUUUGGCUCUGGCGGCGGCAGAGCUGACUGGUGGAACGCCUGGCACAGAACAGGAAUGUCAGCGUGAAGAACAAGGCAUGUAUAGGCUUUUGAGCUCCCCACACUUGCUGCGACUGGUCGAAUGCCUUAUGUGCAGUCAUCGCUUCGCCAAGACGUUUAACACUAACAACGCACAGAGGAAUGUCUUAUGGAAAGCUAAUUUCAAAGGUUCUGUUAAACCAAAUAUGUUGAAACAGGAGACCCAAUCUUUGGCGUGUGUGCUGAGAAUACUUCUGAAAAUGUAUAGCGACGAAACGCGAAGGGAACACUGGCCAGCUGUCCAGAAAAGUUUGAUAAAUAUUUGCUGUGAAGCAUUGGAGUAUUUCGCCGGAGUAACGAGUGAAGCCCACAGAGAUGCUUGGACCUCGAUCCUGCUUCUCAUUCUCACAAGAAUACUUAAAAUGCCGGAUGAACGAUUUGCGGCACAUGUAUCCAGCUAUUACCCGUUACUCUGCGAGAUCACAUGCUUCGACCUGAAACCGGAGCUGCGCUCGGUGUUACGCCGAGUGUUCAUCCGCAUCGGCCCCGUCUUCAGCAUUGUGGCCAAACCGCAAUAA